UUCAAUAUACGUCAAUUCUAAACCUCUCUCAUAUUGCAUCUUUGUCUCUCUAUCCUGAUAAUCAACACGGUAUCAGAGCCACCGCCGGAGAGGUUGGCAUAAGCCUCAUCUCCGGCGGCAGUCCAAGGUCCUCAAUUAAACCAACCUCUGAGUCAUCGUCUCCUCCUCUGUUCUCAACUCCGACCUUCUUCUCUCUCUCUCUGCAACUGCAAAGUCUACAAGAAUCAAAAAUUCAAAACCCACAUCUUUCAUCUUUCAGGUUCCAUUCAAAACCCACAUCACUGCUGCCAUCACAGCCACCGCUCACCGGCAGCAUGCCAAGCACCGCCGCUCAUCCUCAGCUCGCCGCCGAGCCAUCAGCCAGCCGUUGCCAUCGCUCCAUCCGAGAUCUGUGUUUCGAUCCAUUCUCACCGGAUUCGUGACUUCGCUGGUCGCUGAUUCACCGCCAUCAGCGCCGAGAUUCUGCCGGAGCCAUCCACCGUCGUCCUCAACCAGCUCAAUCUCACCGGGUCAAUCCAAUUCCUAACUCGUCUCACCCACCUCUGCCUCUCAGGCACUGCUCUCUGCAUCGACAACACCACCGGCGUCUUCCACCUCACCUCGGUCGAUACCCAACACACCAACCACCCUGCUCACAGAUCCAAGAUCCUCCUCAACCUUUUCCGAUCUCUGCCGUCAUUACCACUGCCCCGCCACAUUAUAUAUAUAUAUAUAUAUAUAUAUAUAUACCACCGCUCGAUCUGAACCUCUGCCACCGGAGAAACACCAGCCAUCCUCGGCGGCAUAUCUUCUCCAUUACUGCCGAACUCAUCACCGACCGGCUCCAUCUGAGCCGCCGCAGACCAUCUCGUCCCCACCUCUGCAGUGGACGUCGUCCCGCUGUCCUGCCGUCAUCGACAUCGAUCUGCAGUCGACGUCGUCUCGCUGUCCCGCCGUCCUUCGACGUCGAGACCUCACAUCGAUCUGGUCCCGUUAUCGUCCCGCCAUCCUUCGUCGUCGGCAUCGGUCUCAAGUCGACAUCGACUUUUGAAGACAGCUCGUCCCCAUCUCUUCACCACCAUAGCCGUCAUCGCCGGUGCCGCCACGGAGCUCUGCCGCCGUCACAACUGCUAUCUACCGCCACGGAUCUGCCGUCAUUUGCCAUCGCCGUGCUCAUCUCGCCGUGCUCUCUGUUCGCCGGCUCUUCAACCCUUAUUUAUCUACAAUCACUGAUCUCCUCUGCCGCUGAAGCCAUCACUGUUCUCUCUGCCAGAUCUAUGCGCACCCUCUGCCUUGCUGUUGUCGGACCAGUCACGCACCAUUGCCGGCGACUUGUUCGUCUCUAUCUGGUUCAGUCCUCAACUACGGCGCUCUCUGUAUUUCUCUGUAUUGGGUCUGCAGAAUGUUUGAUUUUUGUCAGCAGUUUAUUCUGUUUGUUGGGGAGAGAGAUAAAGCGUGCUGAUUUAUGGAAAGUGCAGGCUACUUGUUUACUUGUUUGGACGGUUCCAAACACAUUUUUUCAGUAUCCGGCCCAGUUCAGUAUUUGGCCCAGAUCAAUUUUUGGCCCUGUUCAUUUCUGGUUUUGACCCAAUUUCAGAUUCAAGUUCUAAGUGCUCCUGAUAUCCCUCUAGAACUUGAGGGGGUGUAUUCUGACCCGUUCCAGUUUCUGGAAUACAACCCGCCUAAUUUCUCGGUAUUGAUUUGGCUCUCUCUGAUGCGCUUCCAAGCGCCCGUGUAAAUGACGCUUUCAAGCGCCCCUGUAAUCGACGUUUCCACAAGCGCCCUUGGUAAUCAAUGUUUCCGAGCGCCCUUGAUAAAUCGACGCUUCCAAGCGUCCCUGGUAAUCGACGCAUUCGUGAGUCUCUCAAGUGGUAAAUUCCACUCUAUAAUUCCACUCAAUUAUCAGCUUUCAAGAGCUCAUCUCAAGUGGUUAUCAUACACAUUCGUGUCUCUCAAUGGGUUCUCUGUUGUGGAAAAUGUUGCCGAUGAUCUGAUUAGCAAAUUACCCAAUGAGAUCCUUUUCCGUAUCCUUACCUUGAUUCCUUUUGAUUCUGCGGUAAAAAUGAUAAAAAUCGGUGCUCUUUCCACACGAUUGAAUGACUUGUGGACUUUAGUGCAACAUGGAGCUGAAGUUGACAUCAAAUCUGCACUUGCUGACUUUCUCAAUCGGUUUGAUGAGCUUGAUCCUUUAAAGAACCCUCGAAGGCUUCAGUUUCACUUUGGCCUCGAUCAGAUCCUCUUAGCUUCCAUUGGGUUAAAUAGAAAACUUCAUCUUGAUUUUUCUGAAGGAAAACAAGAACUGCCAAGGCAGUUUCGUUGGCAGUUGGGGCAGAGUAGAUGGAACCUUUUCUGCAAUAAACAUCCCUCUUUUACUCUUGUCAAAACUCUUAAAUUAACAUCAGUGAACUAUCUCAUCGGUGACACAGUUUCUUCCAUAAUUUCAAGAUUAUUUUUUCUUGAGAACUUAACUCUGAGAAAAUGCAACGGAUUGCAAUCUUUAAGGAUCGAAGCACACAGAAGAUUGCAAUCUCUAUGCAUUGAAGAUAUUCCGGGGCUUCAGUAUUUGAUUGUUUUGGACUGUCUCAAGCUGCAGUGUCUGUACAUUAAAGCUUGCAAACUUCAAUAUCUUCAGAUUAGUGGGGGACUUCCCCGGUUUUAUCUGGAAGGCUAUUUUUCACUGGAAGAUGCCAUGUUUGAUUUCAGAAAAUGUCCAUACAAACAGUUUAACGGCCAAUAUUUUGACUCACUCCUUCAAAGGAUGAUAAAUGUUGAAAGGCUUACACUAUGUAGAUGGACAUUCGAGGAAUUUGGGAUGGCAUGGUCACGCAAGGUGCGUUUUAAAAGAUUAAAGGAUCUAUGGUGGAUUGAUAAUUCAAUGAAUAACUACGAUAAUAUUUUUGCCUUGUUCUCCUUCCUGAAGAUGUGUCCUUCCUUAGAAAGACUCUUCAUAACUAUUGAUCACCCUGCAAGCUUUUGGAUGCAACACGCCACUUGGGACUCAAAGCUAAUCACGAGAAAUGUGCAACUGAAUCAUCUAAAAGUUGUUAAAUUGGAAGGAUUGAGGGAUGAAGAGGAUGUGAUUUUCUUAGCAGAGAAUUUUCUUGCGGAAUUUAAUGUGAGGCCUCAAAUCAUAGUAGCAUCACAUCGGAAACUUUUACGAAGAUUGUUGAGAAUCCCACAACAACUAGGUAAGGGAAAUCUGAGAGAGGCAGCAUCCCAAACACAGAAAAGAAAGUAUUUCUAUAAGUUUGUGAAAGAUGUUGAAGACCACACCGAGCCUUUAAGACAUCCUCACAUGAGUUUGUAGACGGAAAUAGUGUAUUGACAGAAUCUUGACUGCAGGGUAUGCUUCUAACUACUUCAAUUCUAGUUAAACCUAAAAAACUUGUAAAAGCUUCUAAUUAUAAUGUCUGAAAAAACUAUUACUGGUUUGCACUACAUGAUGCUCAUGGAGUCUCGUGUGUAGUUUUGAAAUGAAAGGGCAUGUUUUACUGCAACAUGAAACUACAGAAGUUCUUGCUAGUGCAGUUGCUAGCUUCCUCAACCAUGUCACUGAGUUCAUCCAUUAAGACAUCUAUCUACAUAGCAAGUCUGUACCCUCUUUGCAGCUUUAACCUGUUCUAUUUGGAGUUCUUUAUCGGUAUACAAGAAUUUCCGAAGCACUUUAUAAGGUAUGUUCAACAAAAGAUGAUCAUAGAUUUUUAGUAUACAAGUAUUGUUCUUGGAUUUCUUGAAAUUAUUGCAUUAAUAAUUUUAUCUGUUCAAGUGGUAGUGUAGGCUAAUGGAAGGAACUGAAGAUUUCAAGAGAACAAAAUAUCAAACACAUAGUGAACAAUCACACAAGCAUAACAAAAACUUCUCAGAACCCCCAAACAAAGAGGAGGAAAUAAAUAACAGAGUAAAUUCAAACAGUAGUCCAUAUUUCAAAAUUGAGAGAAUAUAAUAAUAAUAAUAAUAAUAAUAAUAAUAAUAUCUGCUUUAAAAAUAUAUAUAUGGUGCAAACUAAUGAAUACAAAAGUUACCUCUUUUUAAGGCACGGAGACGCGAAUUCUAAGUGAUCGAGCUGUCACUUUUGUGAAAGAAUGUGUCAAAUGUUAGGUAUGUCUCUAAUUUUCACAUUGGUAAAAGAUAAACACGAUCCUAACAAAAUCCGAGCAUCUAAUUUUGCAUUGAAUCAUGUAUAAUGUUUUGUGUGACAAAUUGUCAAUUCUUUUUUCACAUUCUAAGAUGUGGAGUACAUGUUUGAAUAUAAAUAAACAUUAAAUGACAGCGAAACAAACAAGACAUUUUCAUUAAUACAAGACAGGCUAGACAGCCAAUAAAACUUUUACCCACUCCUAGCAAAUAAAAAAAUCAAGUACACAACAAACACCUACUCAACAAAACUACAAAAAUUCCAACAAAAA